AUGGCAGUGUCAGCAGCAGAGAAUGAACAAAACUAUCAGGCAGUGAGUGAUUCUACGGGCUGCAAUAGUCAUGCGAAACACAACGAGGAUGAGAAUUACGACGAGGAUGAGAAUUACGACGAGGAUGAGAAUUACGAGGAUGGGAAUUACGACGAGGAUGGGAAUGAGGGAAUGCUGAUGGAUAUUAGCGAAAUGAAGGCAACGCUGAAGGAUAUGAGGGAAAUGAUGGCGUCGCUGAAGGAUAAUAGGGAAAUGAAGGAGAUAGCUGAGACGAUGAAAUCGUUAGUAGACUUGUUGCAGCGUGGCGCGUUACACAAAGACGUCGUUGUUCCAUGCGAGUUGAAAACGCCACAUUCGGAUGGUGGCACAGCGACCUCACCGUCCGGUGGCGGUCAACAGCAGUUGUGUUCUGCUCCUCCGCAAUCACAAGAUGCCAGUUCACAAGCUCAGUCGUUAAACAUACCCGAAACUUGUGUGGUUAAAAAAUCGCCUAAUUUAACGGCCCAUCAACGCGUGGUAUACAAUUCGUUGACCAAUGUCCCUCGCAACUUCAAGGAGGCUGUUGACUGGUUGAUUGCCGUGAGGGGAGACGAUGCUGAGCGCAAUUUGGCAACAUUGGGCGCGGCGAUUUACGAUUUAUACGUACAUAUGUCAGGCAGAUCCACAGAGUGGUCAAAUCUAGAUAAAGCCAUACGCUUUUCUAUAGACUUCUUAGAGCAAGAGAAGCUUAACAAGCAUGUGUUUGUAAACAUGAUUCUGUUCCUCCUGGAUCAGCGUCUGCUGGUAACACCCAAUAUACUAACUACGACCGUUGUCUCCGAAGACGAUACGGAGAACGAGAAGUACUUACAAACCAAGGGUCUCACUGCUGACACCAUCGCAGAAAAGCUAUGUUACGUCGUGGAUGCUUGUGCGAAGUUCCUGGGAAGAAUAAAGAACCGCAGUCACUACAAGUCUGCUUACAGUCCGCAGGCGACGUGGGAUGCGUCAUUUUCGGCUCAUCCGGAAAACGGCGCAGUAAUCUUCGUGGGAAUGGCGCCAAUGUUAGUUGCAAGCUUAUUAUCUUUGAAAUCUGCUUCUUCAGCUCCGAAAUCGAGAUUUCAGUCUUUGAUUGCGUAUAAGCGUAUGCAGGAGUUGAUAGAAGCCUUGGGUUACGUAGAGCCACAACGCCGCACUGGCAUGACGGCUUCGUAUGUUGGCCGUGCUUUGGGCGGUUUUAGAUACGAGACAAUUUACUUCAUUUUCAACCUCGCUGGUUUCUGGGCUUUCUACUGA